AUGACUUUCAUCGGAUUCUGCCAAGGGUUGUUCGGCUGGCUGAUGGGCUUCAUUUCCCCCUACAUGAUCAACCCUAACGCCGGAAACCUCGGCGCCAAAGCCGGUGUGAACUCUCGCAAGUUCACUGAGGUUGUCGGCCAACUUCGGCAAACUAGCGACGUCAAGGUCAUCAUCGAGGAGACUUCCGCAAGGUGUCUGCGUAGGCAGCUAGAGAACGAAACGAAACAAGGGCGGAAGCCGUGCUCCUGA